GGUGAUUCACGUCUGCUGGCCACCGUGCUACCUUCCUGCACAGUGGGUCAAAUCAGUUCGGCGUAGCACAUGAUAUCCCAGAAUGGCGUCAACAGCUCUGAGAUCAGCGUUCAGGACCAAGGUUCCAUUUAGAGUCGGCCGACUGUGCUACUCCUCCUCCUCUGUGCCCACCACCAAACUGUUUAUUGAUGGGAAGUUUGUUGAAUCCAAGUCCUCGGAAUGGCUGGAUAUUCACAAUCCUGCUACCAAUGAGGUGAUCACCCGCGUGCCCAAAGCCACCCAGGAGGAGAUGCUGGCUGCUGUAGACUCAUGCUCCAGAGCCUUUCGCUCCUGGUCUGAGACCUCCAUCUUGGCUCGACAGCAGGUUUUUCUGCGCUAUCAGCAGCUUAUCAAGGACAAUAUUAAAGAACUUGCCAAGGCCAUCACAGUGGAGCAGGGGAAGACCCUUGCAGACGCAGAGGGAGAUGUGUUCAGAGGAUUGCAGGUGGUUGAACACACCUGCAGCAUCACCUCCCUGAUGCUCGGGGAAACCCUGCCCUCCAUCACCAAAGACAUGGACACUUACACCUAUCGCCUUCCCCUGGGGGUGUGUGCCGGCAUUGCCCCCUUCAACUUUCCGGCCAUGAUCCCCCUGUGGAUGUUCCCUAUGGGCAUGGUAUGUGGCAACACGUACCUGCUGAAGCCCUCGGAGCGUGUGCCCACAUGCGCCAUGCUGCUGGCUAAGAUGCUGCAGGAUGCUGGCGCUCCAGAUGGAACACUCAACAUCAUCCACGGCCAACACGACGCUGUGAACUUCAUCUGUGACCAUCCGGCCAUCAAGGCAAUCAGCUUUGUUGGCUCAAAUCAAGCAGGGGAGUAUAUUUAUGAGAGGGGCUCUAAAAAUGGCAAAAGGGUGCAGUCCAACAUGGUGAGCAACAGUUUUAAUGUCUGAC